UUUUUUGACAGCACAGAAAUGUGUAGUAGUCUUUCUGAGGGUGUGUUCUCAUUGUAUACGGCUUUUAUUAAAUGUUUGUGUAGUUAUGUCUCACUCAGAUGUUAUUGCUGCCAGAUUCCUGACCUUUGACCAAAUGUACAGCUAUGAGAGGCGCUUACAGACGUUUGCAGAUUGGCCUUUCCGUGAGGACUGUCAGUGCACACCCGAGCUGAUGGCCAAGGCAGGUUUUGUGCACUGUCCUAGUGAGAAUGAGCCUGAUGUGGCCUGCUGUUUCUACUGCCUCAAAGAGUUGGAAGGCUGGGAGCCAGAAGAUAUUCCCUGGUCUGAACAUGCUAAACGUUCUCCAGACUGUGGAUUCCUACAGAUGAAAUCUUUUGACGAGCUCACUGCCAUUGAAUUUUUCCGUCUCGAGCAUGGGAGGAUUCGCAAUUACAUAAGGAAAAUGGCACACAUGAAGAUUGCGUACUUCCGUGAUGAAGUGGAAAACACAAGCAAAAAUUUAAGAAUUCUUUUUGAUAUCUUGUAGUUUAUAUCAAUUCUUAUUUUAUCUGUAACCUUUUGCCUAUCAAUAAAUAAUGUUCUGUCUUUUCAA